AACUGUAUUUGUGCUCUACCAAUUCAAUAUGGAGUUUCCGAAGAUAAAUUACAUCGUUACUUCAAAAUCAUAUAGCAAUCUUUGGCCGUCUUAUAGUUAGGAAGCAACAAAGACUUUCAAAAUGUAUGCCUCCAUCGCCAACGCUCAAAGCGAGCUGAUGGAGGUUCAUGGGCUCAAGUGAGUGAGGUACGUUCAACGAUGGACGCUAUUUCUGGAGUGCCUUCAAUCACAGCCUCACCGGAUAAAAAGGGCCCAGGGUGCUACAGCGAUGGACGAUCUAACAAUCAUAACCGCUCCCGUGUACCUCAGCUAACGGUGCCCCGAAAUACGGGGCACGGUCUCGAGACGAGCGAUCGUGUUGUAAUCAACGUGAGCGGACUGAAAUUUGAAACACACAUCGAAACAUUGGAGCAAAAUCCUGACACAUUGCUAGGGGACGAGGCSAAAMGAUCCAARUACUAUGACAGUUUGAGACACGAAUACUUUUUUGACCGUAAUAGACCAGCGUUUGAUGCGAUAUUGUUUUAUUACCAAUCCGGCGGUAAAUUGCUGCGACCUGCUAAUGUCCCUAUGGACGUUUUCGCGGAUGAAAUAAGAUUUUAUGAGCUGGGUGACGACGUGUUGCAUAAAGUCGAACAGGAGGAGGGUUAYAUCGAAGAAGAAAAACCUGUAUUGCCGGAAAAUAAAUGGCAACGAAAAGUAUGGCAAUUGUUUGAAUUCCCGGAUACUUCACUUGCAGCUCGAUUUGUGGCGAUUUUUUCUGUAUUUGUCAUAACAUUAAGCAUUGUAACUUUCUGCGUGGAAACGCUCCCGCAAUUCCAGAAACCRAAGGUAUCGGUGAAUGGCACMGAGUUAGAGAAUGAACGAUUUGAUCAGCCRUGGUUUUCGCUGGAAACAGCAUGCAUUGUAUGGUUUACAUUUGAAUACGUCAUGAGACUGAUUUCGUCGCCGCAAAAACUGGUCUUUGUUCGAUCGUUUUUGAAUCUGAUCGACGUAGUGGCAAUUAUGCCAUAUUACAUUACGCUGCCCAUGCAGGACACAAAGGCAUCUUCAUUAGGGGUGCUCCGGGUGAUCCGUCUCGUCAGGGUCUUCCGGAUUUUCAAGCUGUCCAGACACUCCAGAGGGCUYCAGAUCCUUGGUCAUACUCUUCGUGCUAGCUUAAGAGAACUCGGUCUACUUAUAUUCUUUCUACUGAUUGGAGUUAUAUUAUUCUCCUCUGCUGUUUAUUAUGCAGAGGGGGGAGAGAARGGGACACACUUUAGAUCGAUUCCCGAUGCAUUCUGGUGGGCCGUUGUUACUAUGACAACGGUUGGAUACGGAGACAUGCGGCCGAUAACAUUAUGGGGCAAGUUGGUGGGGUCACUAUGUGCGAUAUCGGGGGUCCUUACUAUAGCACUGCCUGURCCAGUAAUUGUCUCGAAUUUUAACUACUUUUAUCAUCGCGAAAAUGAACAGCGUGCCGCGGAAUUGAGCAAAAAGGAAAAAGAAAAGAAAGAGGCUGAAAGAAAGGCGAAAGAGGAAAGUGAUGAUAGAGAGAGACAGGAAAAUGAUAAUGAGAAGAAGUCCACGCAUAUAGGAAAUCAAUGGGGGCUAAAGGCUCARUACGAAGCUAUCGAUCAAAAUGGUCUGAACGGACCCGAUGCUGUGGGAAUCGAAAUGGAGGACGUUCAAUCAAAUUCACUCAAAGAACGCGACCUGCUUAAUAAAGCAGAUACCGCAGUUUUGACCAACUCGAUCCCAAGGUAUGAAACGGGGGUGUAGCAACAUGCCGAAAUAUUUGCCAUUCACCGAAAAUAUUUAAUAUCCAGUAUAAUGGCAGCGUGAGCUCGAGGGUGAGAGCUGUUUUCGUGCUCAGACCAAYGUGAGGGUUCGGUAGUCAACAAAAUCAGAGAUUCUCACAAAACGUCGUCUAAUACAAAGCCAUCCAACAUAUAUAAACAUGAAGAUGAGGCCAAUGACGCUGAAUAUUAAGAACGAUUCCACUUCUACGAGAUAAAAUUAUCAGAAUAUUAUUGCUAAAAGUAUUCUACAGAUUACGGGUUACCGACCAAAAAGACAUCAAUCGACCUAGUGUCAAUUUAGCAAAGGAAUCGAUAAAAAUAUACGUGGAAAAAAUCUCUUUUUAUAACAACACUAUCAAUUAUUAACAGGUCGAAGAUAUGAUAAAUUUUCAGGAUCUUAAAGUUCGGACGCAGUUCGGGAAAUUCCGAAAGCAUUCGGGACAUCGUCGGGACGUCGGAAAUCCUACGAAGACUUAUAUAAUCCUGUUCAAGUGAUUUACGACUGUUAGUCGUUGUUUGUAAUUAUCAAAUUACCGUAAAAUACGGUUUUUAYUCUUGAAGACAUUAUACUUUUUUCUUGGAGAUUAGCGAAUAAUUUAGUCAUUUCUAGAACACAUUAUUUCGAUUAUUUAUUCCAAAAUAUCUCGUUUUUUGGUUUUAAGAUAUUUUGCCUCUUAUCCUUUUUUAGUGUUUUCAGAAAAAAAMCACAGUAUUUUUUAAACCUCUCGAAAUUAUAAUGCUCUCGCGCGGGACUAAGUCUCGAUAUUUUGCGGGUUAACCCGCAGUACUUAAGGCCAAAGAGGUAAAUUUUUUCUAAGUUAUUAAUUAUGGCUGCUAGUGAAUAGAAAUCUAUAGGAAAUUAUGAUAUAAUGUGAUAAUUAUUGAGCAUACUGCCGGCAGACAUGUACGAAUCUGGAUUCGAAUUAAAACUAUUCUACAGACAAA